CACAGGACAGGGACGACUGAGGAACCAUGAGAGGAGUCAGGCUCCUUUUAGAAUGGGCGCUACCAUGGCUCAUUCUAAGCCUUGGACUAUCUGCAGUCUCCUCUGUAAAACUUAACCAAAUGGGAGAACUGACUGUGAUUAAAGAAGUGAGAGGUUCCCACAUCAACCCAUUCUGCAGUACAUGGGGGAACUUCCUUUACAAGACUUUUGAUGGGACUUUCUUCAACCUUCCCUCCACCUGCAACUACAUCUUUACAUCCCAGUGUAAGAGCAGCUAUGAGUCUUUCAAUAUUCAGCUCCAGCGGCAGGAAGUGGAUGGGGAAGUCUCCUUCGCCAGAAUUCUGAUGAAACUGAAUGGGAUUGUGGUGGAGUUUGCCAACACUUCGGUUACCGUCAUGAAUAAACCUGUCUCCAUACCAUACAGUGAGGGUGGCAUUUCAAUUGAGAAAACCAUGUCCUAUAUUAGAGUUGAGGCUAAGUUGGGUCUGACAUUCAUGUGGAAUCAAAAGGACUCCGUCUGGGUGGAGCUGGAUGCCAAAUUCAAGAAUCAAACCUGCGGCCUGUGUGGUAACUUCAAUGAAAUCAAGCUUUCUAAUACGUUUGUCCAUUCAGAGGCUUCCAAUAGUCUUGAAGAAUAUGCGAUGAACUGGAAAGUUGAUAGUCCCACUGAAACUUGUAAAGUGGUUUCUUCCCAGGCUAAUGAGAAUUGUUCAGAUGGGAACCGACUCUGCAAGAAGUUGCUGUCAGGGCCUGAAUUUAAAAGCUGUCGCAAACUAAUUGACUCCGAGUCCUUCAUGAAAGCCUGUGUGCAAGACUUCUGUUACUGCAACAGCAACAGCAACAGCAACAGCAGUGCAUGCUUAUGUUCGACUGUGUCUGAGUACGCCCGACAGUGCGCCCAUGCAGGUGGACAGCCAAAGCACUGGAAGAUAAAACAAUUGUGUGAAAAAACAUGCCCUUUCAACAUGGAGUAUAAGGAGUGUGGUAGUCCCUGCAUUGAUACCUGCAAAUACCGGCAGAAAAGUCACCUGUGUGAUGAGCACUGCAUGGACGGAUGCUUCUGUCCUUCUGGUACAAUCCUUGACGAUAUCUCAGAAAGUGGAUGUGUUCCCGUUGAGCAGUGCCCAUGUUUCCACCGAGGCGAGACGUACAAUAAUGGGGAAUCAAUCAUGAUGGCGUGUAGAAACUGCACCUGUUCAAAGGGUGAGUGGAGCUGCAUAGAUGCAAACUGUCCUGCUGUCUGUUCCAUCAGAGGAGGCUCUCACUUCUCCACCUAUGAUGAUAAGACAUACAAUUUCCAUGGAAAAUGUUCCUAUGUUCUGUCCAAGAUUGAAGACAAUGCUUUUACUGUGCUUGGUGAUUUCGACAAAUGUGAAAGGUCUGAUAAAUCAACUUGUCUGUCUGCCGUCACUCUGCUGUAUCAAAAUCACACGAUAAUUGAAGUUAAAGACAAAAAUGAAGUCUCAUAUAACCAACGGGUUUUUGAGCUUCCUUUUUUCCUGGAUGACAUUAAAAUCUUCCGUCCGUCUACAUUCUUUACCAUAAUCCACACAAACUUUGGGCUUGAUCUCGAGAUUCAGGUUGUACCAAUUAUGCAACUCUACAUCAGAGCCGAUGUCUCAUUGAAGAGUAAAGUUAAGGGUCUUUGUGGAGAUUUCAAUGAUAACUCAGAAGAUGACUUCAAAACUACAAGUGGACUUCCUGAAAGAACACCAGAGGCAUUUGCUAACACAUGGCGGACCAAAAUAAAUUGUCCAGAUGUGAAAAAUGACCUUGCAGACCCCUGCACUUUAAGCAUUGACAAGAACAUGUAUGCAAAAACCUGGUGCUCCCUCCUGUCAGACACAAAAGGGAUUUUUUCACAUUGCCAUUCUAAAAUAGACCCAGCAAAGUACUUUGCUACUUGCCUUUAUGACACUUGUGCCUGUGAAAACAGCGAGGAGUGCAUGUGUGCCGCCUUGUCCUCAUAUGUCCAUGCCUGUGCAGCUGAAGGUGUAUUACUGAAGGGCUGGAGAGAAGAUGUUUGCAACAAAUACACAACAUGCCCUUCGACAUUUGUGUACAAUUACAAAAUGACACACUGCGGUCGAACUUGCCGCUCUCUGAGUCAGUCGGACGUGACUUGCAAGGUUAAGGUUACCCCAGUUGACGGCUGUGGUUGUGCUAAAGGAUCUUUUCUAAAUGAGAAAGGAGUUUGUGUAUCAGCUUCAGAGUGCCCCUGCUAUGCAGGAAACAGAGUGAUACAACCUUGGGAGAAGGCCGAUGUCCAAGGACGAACAUGCACCUGCCACGCUGGAAAAUUAAGUUGUAAAGGAGAGCCAGUAGCUAAGUUGUGCACCAGUCCCAUGGUUUUCUUCGAUUGCUCCAAAGCAAAGUCAAAGGAAAAGGGGUCAGAGUGCCAGAAGAGUUGCAACACAGUGGACUCUGAAUGUGUGAGUUCACAGUGCGUCUCAGGGUGUGUGUGUCCUGAUGGCCUGCUGUCAAAUGGGAAAGGAGGUUGUGUAAAGGAGAAAGACUGUCCUUGCCCCCAUGAUGGAAAAUACUAUAACCCAGGAGAAAAAAUUCAAGUGGACUGUAACACAUGCACAUGCAAAAACAGGAAAUGGGAAUGCACAGAAAAUGACUGUGGUGCGACCUGCACCAUUUAUGGAGAGGGGCACUAUAUUACUUUUGACAAAAAGAAAUUUGUCUUUAAGGGGGAUUGUGGCUACGUCUUCUCUCAGGACUAUUGUGGAGAUGAUGUGAAUGGUACCUUCAGGGUCCGGACUGAAAACAUCCCAUGUGUUGAAAGUGAAAGCAUUUGCUCCACCAGUAUUAAACUCUACUUGGGGAGGAAAGAAAUUGUUCUGUCAGACGAAAGUGUCAAAGUUAUCAGUCAAAGCAAAGGGAUUGAGAUACCUUUUAAAGUCCACACUAUGGGUAUAUAUGUCGUCAUUGAGGCAAGUAAUGGCCUUCUUCUCAUCUGGAAUAAGAAAACAACAAUCAUGAUCAAACUCAGCUCCACAUUCAAGGGCAAAGUCUGUGGCCUGUGUGGAAAUUAUGAUGGGGCUAUCAAGAAUGAUUUCACUACCAGAAGCAACGAAAUUGUAGUUAAUCCAACAGAGUUUGGAAACAGCUGGAAACUGUCAUCCUCCUGCUCAGAUGUCAACAGCACACUGAACCCGUGUGCUCUGUACUCUAACAGACGUGCAUGGGCAGAAAAACACUGCAUCAUUAUCAAAAGUGAAGUGUUUUCUGCCUGCCAUGACAAGGUGGCGCCAGAAGAGUACUAUGAGGCUUGUGUGGCAGAUACGUGUGCCUGCAACACGGGAGGAGAUUGCGAGUGUUUCUGCUCAGCUGUAGGAGCGUAUGCAGAAGCAUGUAAUGAGGCUGGAGCCUGCGUGAAGUGGAGAACUCCCACCAUCUGCCCUCUGUUCUGUGACUAUUACAACCCUGAUGGAGAGUGUGAGUGGCACUACGCUCCAUGUGGAAAAUCAUGCAUGAAGACAUGCAGGAAUCCUUCAGGGAAAUGCUACAAUAAACUUCCACCACUGGAAGGGUGUUAUCCAUCAUGCCCGUGGGAGCAGCCUUAUUUUGAUGAAGUUAAAAUGAAGUGUGUGCCUGAGAAGGAGUGCGGCUGCUAUGAUGAAGAUGGAAACCAUUACAAGGAUGGAGAGUCAAUGCCUGCAAGUGAAAAUUGUCACAAGUGUUCUUGCUCUUCAACACAUCCAAAAUGUAUUUAUGAUGUGAAAGCUUGCACUUGUGUCUACAUGAAUAAAACCUACAAAUAUGACACUAUAGUCUAUGAAACACAUGAUGGAGAUGGAACCUGCAUCUCUGGUGUUUGUGGACCAAAUGGAACCAUUAUAGGAAAAAUGGCACCAUGCACUACAUAUGCACCAACAACACCUUUUGCAUUUAACACAACCGCAGGUACUACAGAGCAGCCUGUAAUUACAACUAAACCUAUUCCUACAUUCACAACUCAGGCAGUCACAUCGAUUCUGACUUUUUCAACUCCAAGAGUUUCCACAAGAUCUAAAACUACUACGGUGCCUUUGUCCUCCUUACCUCCAUCUUCAUCAACCAAUACAGUCACUGAACGCCCCAAAACUGAAGUAGCAUCAACCACAAUACCUUAUAUAGAAAAAACUACUCUGACAACGAGCACGAAAAAACCCACAACACAAAAAUAUACACCUUAUACAGAAAAUACGACCAAAGGUACAAAACAACCUGAAACCACAACAAAAUAUGUCACCACAGCUCAUAUUGAAAGUACAACCACCAAACCAGAAACAUCUAUUACAACAAUCAGUGACUGCUAUAUUUGCAAAUGGUCAAAUUGGAUUAACAAUGACUACCCUGGACACAAUAGAGAUGGAGAUUAUGAAACAUUAGCAAAGAUUUCGGAUCCAGAUUUGAGUGUUUGUAGAAAACCACUGGAAAUUCAAUGUCGAGCCAAAUUUUAUACAGAUGUACCUUUAAAAGAUUUAAAUCAAAAGGUAACCUGCAGCCCUACGGAUGGACUAAUCUGUCGUAAUAAGGAUCAAAAACCCCCAAUAUGUUAUGAUUAUGAAAUUCGGGUAAAAUGUUGCACUUACAUACAUCUAUGUGGGUCUAGCACAACAACAACAACAAUUCAUGCAGAAACAACUACCACAAGACCAGGCACUAACGUACCAUCAACCACAACAACAACAAUACAAACAUCCACAAAACCUCAAACACAACCUAUAAUCUCAACCACUGGCAAACAAGAACCUAAAACCACAACAAAAUUUACAAACGUCCCCACAACACCUUACAAAGAGAUAUCUACUCCAACAAUGAAGACUGAAAAACCCACAACAAUAAUUACACCAAAACCUACUACACCUCAUACAGAAACUACAACUACAGGGACUAAAAAACCUGAAACUACAAACAUAAUUACAGGAAAAGUCUCCAUAACACCAUACAAAGAGAUAUCUACUCCAACAAUCAAGACUGAAAAACCCACAACAAUAAUUACACCAAAACCUACUACAGGGACUAAAAAACCUGAAACCACAAAGAUAAUUACAGAAAAAGUCUCCACAACACCAUACAAAGAGAUAUCUACCCCAACAAUAGAGACUAAGAAACCGACAACAAUAAUUACACCAAAACCUACUACACCUCAUACAGAAACUACAACUACAGGGACUAAAAAACCUGAAACUACAAACAUAAUUACAGGAAAAGUCUCCACAACACCAUACAAAGAGACACCUACCCCAACAAUAGAGACUAAGAAACCGACAACAAUAAUUACACCAAAACCUACUACACCUCAUACAGAAACUACAACUACAGGGACUAAAAAACCUGAAACCACACAGAUAAUUACAGAAAAAGUCUCCACAACACCUUACAAAGAGACACCUACCCCAACAAUAGAGACUAAGAAACCGACAACAAUAAUUACAACAAAACCUACUACACUUCAUACAGAAACUACAACUACAGGGACUAAAAAACCUGAAACCACACAGAUAAUUACAGAAAACGUCUCCACAACACCUUACAAAGAGACACCUACCCCAACAAUAGAGACUAAGAAACCGACAACAAUAAUUACAACAAAACCUACUACACUUCAUACAGAAACUACAACUACAGGGACUAAAAAACCUGAAACCACACAGAUAAUUACAGAAAAAGUCUCCACAACACCUUACAAAGAGACACCAACUCCAACAAUGAAGACUGAAAAACCCACAACAAUAAUUACACCAAAACCUACUACACCUCAUACAGAAACUACAACUACAGGGACUAAAAAACCUGAAACCACACAGAUAAUUACAGGAAAAGUCUCCACAACACCAUACAAAGAGACACCUACCCCAACAAUAGAGACUAAGAAACCGACAACAAUAAUUACACCAAAACCUACUACACCUCAUACAGAAACUACAACUACAGGGACUAAAAAACCUGAAACCACACAGAUAAUUACAGGAAAAGUCUCCACAACACCAUACAAAGAGACACCUACCCCAACAAUAGAGACUAAGAAACCGACAACAAUAAUUACACCAAAACCUACUACACCUCAUACAGAAACUACAACUACAGGGACUAAAAAACCUGAAACUACAAACAUAAUUACAGGAAAAGUCUCCAUAACACCAUACAAAGAGAUAUCUACUCCAACAAUCAAGACUGAAAAACCCACAACAAUAAUUACACUAAAACCUACUACAGGGACUAAAAAACCUGAAACCACAAAGAUAAUUACAGAAAAAGUCUCCACAACACCAUACAAAGAGACACCUACCCCAACAAUAGAGACUAAGAAACCGACAACAAUAAUUACACCAAAACCUACUACACCUCAUACAGAAACUACAACUACAGGGACUAAAAAACCUGAAACCACACAGAUAAUUACAGAAAAAGUCUCCACAACACCAUACAAAGAGACACCUACCCCAACAAUAGAGACUAAGAAACCGACAACAAUAAUUACACCAAAACCUACUACACCUCAUACAGAAACUACAACUACAGGGACUAAAAAACCUGAAACUACAAACAUAAUUACAGGAAAAGUCUCCACAACACCAUACAAAGAGACACCUACCCCAACAAUAGAGACUAAGAAACCGACAACAAUAAUUACACCAAAACCUACUACACCUCAUACAGAAACUACAACUACAGGGACUAAAAAACCUGAAACCACACAGAUAAUUACAGGAAAAGUCUCCACAACACCAUACAAAGAGACACCUACCCCAACAAUAGAGACUAAGAAACCGACAACAAUAAUUACAACAAAACCUACUACACUUCAUACAGAAACUACAACUACAGGGACUAAAAAACCUGAAACCACACAGAUAAUUACAGAAAAAGUCUCCACAACACCUUACAAAGAGACACCUACCCCAACAAUAGAGACUAAGAAACCGACAACAAUAAUUACAACAAAACCUACUACACUUCAUACAGAAACUACAACUACAGGGACUAAAAAACCUGAAACCACACAGAUAAUUACAGAAAAAGUCUCCACAACACCUUACAAAGAGACUCCAACAAUGAAGACUGAAAAACCCACAACAAUAAUUACACCAAAACCUACUACACCUCAUACAGAAACUACAACUACAGGGACUAAAAAACCUGAAACUACAAACAUAAUUACAGGAAAAGUCUCCACAACACCAUACAAAGAGACACCUACCCCAACAAUAGAGACUAAGAAACCGACAACAAUAAUUACACCAAAACCUACUACACCUCAUACAGAAACUACAACUACAGGGACUAAAAAACCUGAAACCACACAGAUAAUUACAGAAAAAGUCUCCACAACACCAUACAAAGAGACACCUACCCCAACAAUAGAGACUAAGAAACCGACAACAAUAAUUACAACAAAACCUACUACACCUCAUACAGAAACUACAACUACAGGGACUAAAAAACCUGAAACCACACAGAUAAUUACAGAAAAAGUCUCCACAACACCUUACAAAGAGACACCAACUCCAACAAUGAAGACUGAAAAACCCACAACAAUAAUUACACCAAAACCUACUACACCUCAUACAGAAACUACAACUACAGGGACUAAAAAACCUGAAACCACACAGAUAAUUACAGGAAAAGUCUCCACAACACCAUACAAAGAGACACCUACCCCAACAAUAGAGACUAAGAAACCGACAACAAUAAUUACACCAAAACCUACUACACCUCAUACAGAAACUACAACUACAGGGACUAAAAAACCUGAAACUACAAACAUAAUUACAGGAAAAGUCUCCACAACACCAUACAAAGAGACACCUACCCCAACAAUAGAGACUAAGAAACCGACAACAAUAAUUACACCAAAACCUACUACACCUCAUACAGAAACUACAACUACAGGGACUAAAAAACCUGAAACCACACAGAUAAUUACAGGAAAAGUCUCCACAACACCAUACAAAGAGACACCUACCCCAACAAUAGAGACUAAGAAACCGACAACAAUAAUUACAACAAAACCUACUACACCUCAUACAGAAACUACAACUACAGGGACUAAAAAACCUGAAACCACACAGAUAAUUACAGAAAAAGUCUCCACAACACCUUACAAAGAGACACCUACCCCAACAAUAGAGACUAAGAAACCGACAACAAUAAUUACAACAAAACCUACUACACUUCAUACAGAAACUACAACUACAGGGACUAAAAAACCUGAAACCACACAGAUAAUUACAGAAAAAGUCUCCACAACACCUUACAAAGAGACACCUACCCCAACAAUAGAGACUAAGAAACCGACAACAAUAAUUACAACAAAACCUACUACACCUCAUACAGAAACUACAACUACAGGGACUAAAAAACCUGAAACUACAAACAUAAUUACAGGAAAAGUCUCCACAACACCUUACAAAGAGACACCUACCCCAACAAUAGAGACUAAGAAACCGACAACAUUAAUUACAACAAAACCUACUACACCUCAUACAGAAACUACAACUACAGGGACUAAAAAACCUGAAACCACACAGAUAAUUACAGAAAAAGUCUCCACAACACCUUACAAAGAGACACCUACCCCAACAAUAGAGACUAAGAAACCGACAACAUUAAUUACAACAAAACCUACUACACCUCAUACAGAAACUACAACUACAGGGACUAAAAAACCUGAAACUACAAACAUAAUUACAGGAAAAGUCUCCACAACACCUUACAUUGAGACACCUACUCCAACAAAAAAGACUGAGAGAACCACAACAAUGUUUAAAGAAAGUUCCACAACACCUCAUAUAGAAAUUGUAACCCACAGCACUAAAAAACCAGCAACUGCACCUGUAAUUAUAGGCACAACAACCACAACACCAUACAUAAAGACACCUACCCCAACAAUAGAGACUAAGAAACCCACAUCUACAAUUGUCUUUGAAAAAUCUACAACAACUUUUGUAGAAACUCCAACUACAGGAAUUACAGAAAAAUCUAGCACCAUCAUCACUGGAAAACCCACAACACCAGAAAGCACUGCAAGUCAUUCAACUACUGUGAAAAUAACAACUCACAGUUUUGAAACUACAGCUGGCAGAACAACUUUGUGCUCUUGCAAAUACAUGAAUCAGACUUUCUCACCCGGUAGCUUCAUGUACAACAAGACUGAUGGAGAUAGCUAUUGUUUCACUGCAUACUGCAGUUUGAACUGUAGUGUUGAAAAGCAUGCCAGACCAUGUCACACAACAACUCCACCAAGUCCUCCAGCAACCACAAAGAGGGCUGGAACUACAACACACAUUGUGACAGACUGCCUAUUUCUUACACCACCAAGAAAGGAUGGAGAAUCCUGGAGUCCAGACAAAUGCACCAAAAGCACCUGUGAGAAAGGAAAAGAGAUCACAGUGCAUGUACCAUGUAAAUCAGCACCCAUACCAGUUUGUGACAACGGUUUUGAACCUGUUAAGGUUUUUGAUGAAGGAGGUUGCUGUUUUCACUAUGAGUGCAAAUGUCUUUGUACAGGCUGGGGAGAUCCCCAUUACAAUACAUUUGAUGGCCAAUAUUACAGUUUCCAGCACAACUGCACAUAUGUCUUGGUCAAAGAGAUAAUUCCCAAAUACAAUUUAAAAAUUCUUAUUGACAAUGAAAAUUGUGAUUCCUCUGGAACUGUGACGUGCCCCAAAGCUUUGAUUAUAUAUUACAAAAACUAUAACGUAACUCUUACACAGCAGAGAUACCCAAAAACUCAGAAUUUGAUAUAUGUUGAUGGAAAGAAAGUGAUUCCAACCUACUCAAACAAGGACUUCAUUAUUACAAGCGCUGGAAUUGAGAUGGUUCUUAAAAUCCCACAGAUAGAUGCCAUUGUUUCAUUCAGUGGGCUUCUGUUCAGUAUUGACUUGCCAUUUUCACUUUUCCACAACAACACAGAAGGACAGUGUGGCUACUGCGACAAUAACAAGAAAAAUGACUGUAGGUUACCAAAUGGUGAAAUUCAUCCAUUAUGCUCUGAGAUGGCAUAUGACUGGCAUGUAAUGGAUAAGAAUAAACCAUACUGUGAGUCCGUGCCUUCUCGACCUCCUCCAACACCAGGGCCAUCGAAACCACCAUGCAAACCUGCCCUCUGUGAAAUCAUAAACCACGAGAUGUUCAAGAACUGCCACAAAAAAAUUGCGCCCAAUUCAUAUUAUGAAGCUUGUAAAUUUGACGUUUGCAACAUGCCAAAUUCCACCGUGGGCUGCACCAGUCUGGAAGCAUAUGCCAAGAUGUGUGCUGAAGCAUCUGUCUGUACAGACUGGAGGAACCUGACUAAAGGAGAGUGUGCCUACAAAUGUCCAGAAAAUAAAGUAUACAAGGCCUGUGGGCCAAGUAUUGUUGAAACCUGCAAUGCAGGAUUCAAUAAUAAGCUCAAACAGCAGUGUGCAGGAGAAGCUAUUUGCAAUGGAUUAGUGGAGGGAUGUUUCUGCCCUGAGGGGAAGAUGUUGUUUGAUUCAGGCUCUGAUACCUGUGUCUCAUCCUGUUGCACUGGACCUGCUGGUGAACCUAAACAGAUUGGUGACACAUGGAAAAGUGGCUGCCAGCAAUGCAUUUGUGACAAAAAUUCUCUGAGUGUUAAGUGUGAGCCUCUAGUUUGCCCGACACCAAAACCAAUAAAGUGCACAGAGGAUGGUGAGGUGUUGGUAAACCGAACGGUUAACUGCUGCCAGGAACUGACGUGUGAGUGUGAUAAAAAACACUGUUCAUCACCAACACAAAAGUGUGAACUUGGCUUUGAGUUAAAUGUCAAAGUUUCCAAUGAAAGCUGCUGCCCGGUCUUCACCUGUGAACCAAAAGGUGUAUGCGUCUACAAAGACACAGAGUACAAGCCAGGUACAAACUUUUCCAAGAACCCAUGUGAACACUGUCACUGCACCAACAAACAAGAUCCAGAGACUAAGCUAAACACCAUAGAGUGUCACCAAAUACAGUGUAACAUCAUUUGUAAAGAGGGUUACGUGCAUGUGGAUCAGCCUGGAGAAUGCUGCGGAUCAUGUAAACAGACGCACUGUAUUUUUGAUGUCCCUGGUUUGAAAUCGCCAGUAAUUCUUAAGCCUUCAGAGACGUUUUCACCACCAAACGAUAAUUGCACCCAAUAUGAUUGCCAGAAGAUGAAGGAUGAAUUUAUAGUUAUCAGAAACCAAACUACGUGUCCUGAAUUUGACCCAGAAAACUGUGUUCCAGGAACAGAAACAAGUGACAUGAAUGGAUGCUGCAGAACCUGUACACGUCGCUACAACUGUGAGCUUCACAAGAACACUACCAAACUGUACGAAAAGAACUGCGAGUCAGUUGAGCCAGUGGAGAUCACAUCCUGUGGCGGAUCUUGUGCACCAUCCUCAGCUAUGUACUCAAUGGAGGCCAACAGUCUCGUGCAUUCUUGUAUCUGCUGUCGAGAGAUUGCUACCAGCAAGAAAGAGGUGGCGAUGAAGUGUUCAGAUGGCAGCCAGAUUAAAAAGACAUACAUUUCAAUUGAAAAGUGUGGAUGCCAAGCUGCUCAGUGUAAAGAGUGGGGCAAACGUUGACGGACACACGAUUAAGGCAAACAAUGGAAAUUUUAACUCUUUAGGGGAAACAGAUUAAUACUUAUUUACAAACACUAUGGGUGCCUUCAUUCUUUGAAAUACGCAGCUCUGUGGAUCGAACUGAUCCAAAAUAUUUUUAAAAGCAUGUGCUUAUGUGGAAAUUUUCUUUGGGGUGAAAUAGCUUUGAAUGUAUAUUCAUCUUUUGAGUAAUGAUAAAUUGCUGUAUCUGCUGUUUCAAACUUCUGUCUUUGGUUCAAUAAAUUUCUAAUUCAUCAA